GGUAUCGUCCGGGUAAAACAGCAACUCGCCUGCCUUAGGCCGACUGAACCAAUUGCGCUAUGGGGGACGCACCACAGCCCCCAACUUUUAUGUCCUCCCCCACCAAUGUUCUGUGGUGCGCAUAGAGCCCUGACAGACUUCAAGUCAAAGUCAAAGAAAGGAGCUGCAGAAAGGGGAGAUCGGUCAGUGAGAGAAGCUGCAACAGGGAAGGAUCCCAGUUCCGCCUGCUUGCAUUGCCCACAGUUCACAGCCAACAGCCACUCAGGGAUUGGGUGGGCGACAGGGGGAAGUAUGAACAAGCAACCAAUCCCUGUGCUGCUGUUCCGGGACUACAACUUCAAGCAGGAACUAGCAGUGUGUGCAGCAAUUCUGUUCAUGGCAAGUAGAAAUGAUUCAACAGUGCUGAGGCUGUGAGUGAUGUCUGAAGAGAGGGCUGUUAAACUGAAGCUGAAGAGGAGGAAGGGCAGCGCAGCACAGGAGCCACAGGCAUCUGAGAGCAGUCAUCUCCCUCCUGCAGCAUCAACUGUAAGGAAGAUUCCUGGCAAUUCCUGGCUUUCUGAAAUAGAUUUAACAGCUACCGAGCAAACAUGGAAGCAGGUUCUGAAUGCAACUUUCACAGAUGUGCAGAGUGUGGGCUGGGAUGCAGUGCCAGGCCUGCCAGCCUUUAAUAGGAAGAUCACUGAUACUAGACCCAAUGGGACAGCUGAGCCUGAAGUCUUUAAAGCUGGGGAGCAAAGAUUUGAAUGGUUUCCAUUUCCCACUGGCUCGCCCCAGCACAUAACAGAGCAUAGGGAUUCCAUGCAGGAAAGCAGUGCUGAGGGAACCAUUACAGCCGAGGAGCAGGAAAGAUUGCUGGGCACUACAGAUAGGGGUAUUGUGCCUGCGGCUGAGGACAGAAAUAACCAACUGAAAGAGGGAACCGUCCCUAAUGUGCUUUUAGUUCAGGCUAAACACAGGCCUAAUAACCGGGCAGAGCAGAAGCUACAAACUGGCAACAUGUAUUCUCCCCCCAAACCAACAGUAGAUGAGAGAAGCCACUUGGCUCAGGCCCCUGAAGCAGCAGAAAAGAGGGAUCAGGAGAAUAUGCAAACACAUGACUCUCUGAGGCACGACUUGUGCUCCCCUAUAGCACCGAGGGAAAGUGCAAAUACUUCAUCUGCAAAUACAGGGGCACUGGAGAACUGCCCCAUGUGCCUGAAACCGUUUUCAAUGAGGUUAUCUCAGCUUGAUAUCGACAGCCAUCUGGCGCAGUGCUUGUCUGAAACAGCGGUAGAUGUGAUGUGGUAAAGGCCGUCAGCAAAGAAAAAUAAAGUCUUUUUCCAAGCUGGCUGUAUUGGCAGGGGGUUUAUUGGGCCAAUGUGCCAGCCCCCUGCUUCUGUGGGAGCAACAACUGACACCUGACUUUGUAUCACUGUAUGGCCUUGCUUUCUCUUGUACCAAUCCCUGGCACAUUUGGGCUGAACCACAUAUAAUCACUCCCUCUGCUGCUGUUAUUUCCUCACAUCUGUGGGAGAUCUGGGGACCUGGGCAGAUCUGUAUCCAGGUGAAUUGAAGGGGAGCUAGAAAUGCCCAUUACCUUGCUUCUCUUCAUUAUAUGCAGCGCAUCUCAUGGAUAUCUCAUCACUAUUUCAAUUUUGUAUGCAAGAGGGUUUUUUUGAAAAAAAAAAAAGUUCCAGCAGUCUGUGCAGUAUGUUAGGCCAGUGCUGUGCAACAUGGGCCAGGUGUCUCUCUGUAUGCAUGCACUCUCAUGUCGUACACGGACCUUGCACAAGCUGAGACCAUCAAAAAUCCUUUGGUGGCUAACAUUUGCUUGUGCCCUCAGGUUACAAUUUGUAACAUCAGUGUUUUAGUCUCUCCUCCUGUCAGGAUUUCAAAUGAUGCAGAAAGAGAAGAACUGU